GGCGAGAACAGACACGCGCGCUCACUGCCGACGGUGCGCACUGGAAGCGACGCUCCGUGGGUGAAACGGACGAGCUACGCAUCCGAACUGAGGAGGAGGAGGUGCAGUGGAAUCGCCUGCAGGAAUCCAGUUGCAAGGUCCACGCAGGAGAGAGGGAAAAAUGCGCCCAUAGAAGAGCUGUGAGCUGAUCGGUGACUGACCAAAGAUUGCUUCACGGCACCGACGCAUCUGAGAAAGAAGCCCCUUCGGAUAAGUUGUGAUUUCAGGGGAAAUCCUACCGGAGAUGAAUACCAACGAUGCCAAGGAGUAUCUCGCUCGGCGGGAGAUACCUCAGCUGUUUGAGAGUCUGCUGACAGGUUUGAUGUACUACCGCCCCGAUGACCCCAUCGACUUCUUAGAAAGCUGUCUGAAAAAGGCGAGGGAGCUUGGAGGGCCAGAGAAGGUGCGCUGGGAUACUUUUGUGGGCCAGGAGAAGAAAUCCCUCCCUCCACUCAAUGGGGGCCAGUCACGCAGGUCCCUCUUCAGAAACGUGCUGCCCGAAAGCCCCAAUUUUCCCUACAGACGCUACGACCGCCUCCCUCCAAUCAGCCAGUUUUCCAUCGAGAGCGAUUCCGACCUGUCAGAGACGGCCGAGCUCAUAGAGGAAUACGAGGUGUUCGACCCAUGCAGACCACGGCCCAAAGUCAUCCUCGUCAUUGGUGGCCCUGGCAGCGGCAAAGGAACGCAGAGUCUGAAGAUCGCUGAGCGCUACGGCUUCCAGUACGUGUCUGUGGGCGAGUUGCUGAGGAAGAAGAUGAUCCACAAUGCCACCAGCAACAGAAAGUGGAGUCUGAUUGCCAAAAUCAUCACCAACGGAGAGCUGGCGCCACAGGAGACCACGAUAACUGAGAUAAAGCAGAAGAUAAUGAAGAUCCCAGAGGCUAACGGCAUUGUCAUCGAUGGCUUCCCUCGUGAUGUUGGCCAGGCUCUGUCCUUUGAAGACCAGAUCUGCACCCCCGACCUGGUGGUGUUCCUGGCCUGUGCCAACCACAGAUUAAAGGAGAGGCUGCAGAAACGGGCCGAACAGCAGGGGAGACCUGACGACAACCCCAAGGCUAUCGACCGUCGCCUGACCAACUUCAAACAAAACACAAUUCCUCUGGUCAAGUACUUCCAGGAGAGGGGCCUUAUAGUGACGCUGGAUGCAGACCGAAAUGAGGAGGAAGUCUUCUGUGACAUCAGCAUGACUUUGGACAACAAGCUUUUUUCCUCCAAAGAGCCUGCAGCUGGUCCCAGUGAGCUGGAUCUCUGUCUUCUGGGUGAGGCAAGCAGCUUGGCAGAUUUUGUCUGGAAGGAUGACGAGGUUGAAGAAGAAGAGGAAAGUGUGUAUGCUGAAGGAUCAGCAGAAAGUUUUUGCAAAGAACAGAAGAAACCAAAGGUCAUCUUCAUGAUGGGUGGUCCAGGCUCAGGUAAAACUCUCCAGUGUGAGCGCAUGGAGGAAAGGUUUGGCUUGCGUCGCGUUGCCCUGGGAGACCUGUUGUGCAGUGAGCUGCAGAGUCACAGCGACAGAGGGCGCCACCUGUUGGACAUACUGGAGAGAGGAGAGAAACUGCCCGAGGUUGCGUUGCUGGAGCUGCUGUGUGAUGCAGUGGCGUCUUCAGCCCGCCAGGGAAAAGGCCUGGUGGUCAGCAGCUUCCCCAGAGACCUGUCGCAGGCGCAGGAGUACGAGGCCAAGAUGGGGGAUCCCAGCGCGGUGAUCCUGCUUACCUGCUCCCCAGAAACCAUGUCCAGCCGGUCGCUUCAUCGUGGGAGAUCCUCCUCUAGCCUCCUCGCCUCCUCAGACACAGAAGGCUCUCUGAGCAGGAGGUCUGAGAGCUUCUGCAGCGACAGCCAGGAGGUCACAGCUUACUAUGAACGCAAGAAGCUUCUAUACACGGUUGAUGCCGAGACGUCGCCAGACGAAGUGUUCCUCCAGAUCUGCCAGAUGAUGGCCUCCUGCUCCACCAUCUGACUCCCACAACGAUUACCCAGCUGACCCCCCCCUCUGUGAAGACUCACUCCCUCUCCGCCUUCACCCCACGGACACUUCUCAACACCCCCCGGGCCCACAUCUGCAGCAGCUCAUUGAACCGCAUGUUUCACCUGCUUCCAUCGUCACAUUCUGACCCCCCACAUCACCUCCGACACUCUGGCCCCCACCUGUUGAGACAGGAGCAUCUCUGCUGUGCAUGAGGGCGAGCUGACAGGAGUGGGCAGGCGUGCACGCUCCCACGCACAGCGGUGUGCUCCACGUUCUGACAAGCAUGCUACACUCACAGCUUCAGCCGCCGUUCUGUGCGUUUGCUCCAAAACAGUAGACAAACAUGGAAGUAUCGCGUUUACGGAGUUUUUUAUGUUUACCAGCGCAUAGUACAGGUUGUUGUUUGAUAACUUGUCUGGUAGUUCACACUUAAUAAAGCCAGUGCGUUUGACUA